CAGUAGCACGAUGUGUUUCGUAGAUUGAGGUGGUCAUGUAGUAAAAUUGUUACAAAUUAAUAUUUAUUCAAGGAAAUAUAACGGGGGCAGGGUCAAAGUGCGAUGAUUUUCGAUUAAUGUAUAUUUUAUUUCAAGUGGUUUGCAGUUUUUAUUAAGUAAAAAUGGCACCUUCAUUAUUUAGUUAUGAAACUCUUGUGCAUGCAAUAGCAGGAGCAACGGGCAGCGUAGUUGGCAUGGCAGUUUUCUAUCCAUUGGAUACAUUAAGAUCGAGAAUACAAGUUGAGGAUUCCAAGAAACUACAAGGUUCAUCAUUGGAGCUGCUAUUAAAAUUAGCGAGUGAAGAAGGGCUAGAGUCCUUAUACCGAGGAUUGGCACCUGUUUUGCAGUCUCUGUCAGUGUCUAAUUUUGUAUAUUUCUACACAUUUCAUGGCUUACGUAGGGUGUCAACGAAAGAAACGUCUGCCCUGAAAGACUUGAUGUUCGGCUUAAUCGCUGGAAGUAUAAACGUUCUUCUAACUUCGCCAUUAUGGGUUGUUAAUACCCGAAUGAAGUUACAAACUUCAACCUACCACAGCCUAACCGAAGGGUUAAUAGACCUCUACAAAAAAGAAGGAGCUAAAGGUCUGUGGUCUGGUACAGUACCUUCUUUGUUACUUGUCUCUAAUCCAGCUAUUCAGUUUAUGGUUUACGAAUCGCUAAAGAGGCAACUAAUAGCUAGGGGCAUGUUUGAUACGUUCUCUGCAUUUCUAGUUGGCGCCGUGGCAAAAGCGGUAGCUACAACUUUAACUUAUCCAUUACAAUUGGUACAAUCAAAACUUCGUGCUGGCACCAGUUUAAAACCAUUAUUUAGAGAUGUGAAAUCGCAACCCUUAUUGGCGUUCCGUGGGUUAGAGGCUAAAUUAUUGCAAACAAUCAUGACAGCCGCUCUUAUGUUUAUUAUUUACGAAAAGUUGGUUCGACUAGUGCUAACGAUAAUGAGAGUCAGAAUGGCUAGGCAUUAAAACGUUGACUAACCAAGUUCAUAGAAGCUAGGAACUUAUUACGUCAUUAUUUGCGUUUACUACAUUGAUACAUACAUCAAUAACAUACAUACAUACGCUACAUAAAACCUGUUUUGUUAGUGUGUUGCAAAGUUACGAAAAGACAAGGUCGCAUCUUGAUCAAAAUCACUGUUUAUUAUGGGAUUUAAAAACGCAUAUAACAAGGCCAAUCAUUAAAAUAAAAAAUAAUAGCAAUAAAUAUGAGUAGGUACAAAGAUAUGUACCGUGCAAAGUAAAAAAAAUAAAUACUACUUAAUAGAAUCUCACAAUUAGCAUUCAACAAAUAAUUACGUCUAACUUGAAGAAAAAAACACGACAACAGCAAUAAAUUGCUGUAUGAAGAAAACUGAUUAAUUUAUAAUAAUAUAAGUACGUAUUAUUUCUGUGUUAUGUAUGACAUGUGCCAAAUGAUGAAACUGCUUGCAAAAAUAGCACUAGUUAUAAAAACUCGGAGAUGUGAUGUGAUGUAAAAGGGUCACACUAUGUGCUAAUGUAUCUACAGAUGAUAGCGAGGUACCUCAGGUAUAAAUUCUUUGAACAAGCAACCUUGACUGCAUUAACAUGGGUGUGUUAAGUCGAGGUUACUACGAAAAUUUUAGUAUUAAUACGACAUAAUAUAAAUGCAAGUUCAACAAUAAUUAAGUAGCAAAUAAUUUGAAUAGGGGCUAUUAGUGUAUAGUUUCCUUGAGAAGAACAACACGCAUUUCCAUUUUGUGAACUGCGCAAAAAGUAUAAGAGCUCUCUAAAUAAAUAAUGACACUACGUUUCAUGUUACAUUUUUUAAACGAAAACCGGCGAGUAAUUAAGGUAUUGUUAUCUUAAACAACUUAUAAAGUUUUGAUCUAGCCAAAGAAAAUAAUAAUUGUCUUGUAAUGUACUUACGUAUUGAAUGUAGCUAAUUUCUACACUGACCACACUCCACCGUGUAUACUUCACGCGGAAGGACUAAACUACGAAAAAGGUUCUUUCGAGUGAAAUCUAUCUUGAUUAAAAAUAUUUUAGCCCUUGAUGUCGUUCUGACUGUAAUGGAUUACCAUUAGAAUUAUCGUCUAGAAAUUAGUACCUAAUAGUAAGACGGAUAUAUAUUCCGGAUUAUGUUUAUAAAUUAGAUCUACAGAAAGAUUCCCAUGAAGUUAAAAUAUUUGUUUUGAAUAAACUGUGUGAACAAGAAAAGACAACAAAGCUUUUAGAGGUAAUUUAGUAUUUGCUCAUUAUAUUUAACUUUGUUGCCGAUGAUUUCAGUGACGUACGUAUGGCAUUGCGUUACAUACCACCAUGGCCCCAAUGCUUAUGUAAAUGGAUAAUCCUUAGUAUAAAGGCAUUUAGCGAAUUUUCUUAGAAAAAUACGAAGUCUGUGACAUUCUGUAUAUUUAGGUAUAGAUGUGUUGUUACCAAUUUUUUUUUGUGAUCAGUAAAUAAUAUACAAUGGUGUAAGAUAUUCGUUAAGUUGGUUUUAAAGGAGGUGACGGAUUAGAACGUUUUUAUUUAUUUUUAUUAAUAAAACAAGUCUCGUAAAAA